AUGGAGUUAGACUUUUCAAGCAAUGAUGAAGAAGAUAUCUAAUCUUAUAACUAAAUUCCAGAAUAAUAAGUAGAUUAACAAAUGAUAUUUGAUCAUGAAGAAAAAUUUAAUAACUUUUGCUUAGAUGAUUUCAUUUUACAAUUGCUAAAAUAUUUAAAUCGAAAGCAUUCAAAUGUAGAAUGUAUGCCUCUUUUUAAUUGCAUAAAUGAAUAGAUAAUGUUAGAAAGUGAAGCUACUAUUAGAUAAAUAAAACCAUUAUUUGAAGAUAGCCUACAAGAGUAUAAAAAUAAAAACUUUGAAAAGGCAGAAAUAUAAAUUAGCAGAUUGUUUGAAGCAAUCAAUCCUUUGAAUUUCCAAAAAAUAUCAGAUGAGGUAAGUGAAUCCUAUAUUUCUAGCAAAGAGAUGAAUAAUUAGGACGUUGUUAUGGUUCUUGGAUUCACAGGUACUGGAAAGAGUACUUUCAUUCACUACUUAGCAGGAUCAAAAAUUUAAUAAGUAAUCAGUUAAAAUGGAUUAUAUCACUGGGAACCCGCUAAUCCUUUAUACAAAGCUUUAGAUCGUGUUAUUUCUAAACCUGAUGCAAAAUCAGAAACAAAGUUUGUCACUCUUGUUAAAAUCAAGCCUUCAGACUAAGAAGGAAAUGAGUAUGGUGAUGAUGAUGAAAUUAACAUUUGCGAUACUCCUGGUUUUUUUGAUUCAGAAGGAUUAGAAGCAGAAAUUUCAAAUCUAACUGGAAUUUAUAAAUGCAUUUCAGUUUGUAAGAGCAUAAAACCUGUUGUAAUAAUCAGUGAAAAAUAAAUCUGUGAUAGAGGCUUAGGAAUAAAAAGUCUUGCAAACGUAAUUAAAAAAAUGGUGAAUCCUAAAUAAAAUUUUCAAUAACUAAUUCGAAAAUUCAUAUUUGUCUUCUCUAAAUUCUAAAAUGAGAAGGAAAAGGAGCAACUUCACAAAAAACUCUAAAAUAUUUUACAAAAUUUAAACGCAGAUUAAAAAAAAGAUUAAGAAUUUAUUUCUGUCCUUAAAGCUAUGUUAUAAUAAACUUAAGAUGAAAAAAACAUAGUUUUCUUUGAUUUGAGUAUCAAGGGAUAUCAGUUCAUAUAGAGUCAUAUUAAAAAUAAAUAAGCUAUUCAAAUGCCAAAGGAUGCUUUUACUUGUUUUUUUACAUCUGAAGCAGAAACUUCCAUUUCUCAGCAGUUAAAAUAAGAUCAAAGUAGAAUACAAACAGCUUUAUAAAAAAGAAAUUUUGUACUGAUUUUUAAAAAGCUUACUUAAUUAAAUUUGUUAAAAAAAAAUAUACCAGAUUUAUCAUCUAUAGCUAAUUAAUGGGAGCAAAACAUUACUUUACUUGAUGAAUACAUAAAUAGUGAAAUUUAAAGUGUUGACUAAUUUGUUUAGUAAAUUAUUAAUCUCAAGAAAAUCGAUGAACAAUAAAUUACUAAUUUUUUAAAUACUAAAUUAGAACUUUCUAAAAUAGAUAUUUUAUAUGAUCUUUUACCUUAAGCUGAAAAUUUGGUGAAAAAAUUAGAUGGAGCCUUGUCAAGAGCUAUUGCAGCACUACUAGAAAAUUUGAAGUUGGAAUUUGUUUCAUACUAUUAAAAUAAUGUAAAUGAAUAUUACUAGAAGUUGUCAUUUUUAGCAAAAGUGGUUAAAGAUGAAUAAUCCAUUCAUUUAUUUAUUGCUUAAGUGAAGGAAAACAUUUCAAAACAAUUGAAAAAGUCAGAAAGCUUUUUAGAACAAGACAAAUUUGUUGAUUUUUUCGAUGAGAUGCAGCAAAUUAUCAACUAUAUAGAGAGCUGCACAUUUUUACCUGUUCAUGAUGUUAAAAGUUAAAUUGUUAAGAAUUUUGAUUCAGUUAUUUCAGUUAUGGAAAACUAAUAGCUGACAAUUUUUGAAAAAAUAAAAGAAUUAACAGCAAAGAUGACUGAAUAAAAUUAAACAGAUAUACAAAGAGCUAAAGAAAAAAUUCAAUUUAUUCUCUACGAAUUCAAAAAAUCUAAAUUAAACGAUGAAUGUUGUAAAGAAAAGAUAAAUAAUUUUUAAAAUUAAUACAGAGAACAAAUAGAAAGAGAAUACUAAACCCUUGAGGAAAAAGUCAAAGCUGUGAUAAACGAGGAAUCAAGUGAUCUGUAAGGAUUAAAAUAAAGAUUUGUUUAACUUUAGAUAUUAUCUAAGCUUUAAUGUAAACUUGAGUAACAAUUUACAAGUUUAAUAAGUUUCAUAAAUUCAAGAAUUGCUAAAAUAUCAAUAAAAGUCAGUUAAACGAUAAGGGACUUGCAAACAAAUAGUGAUGCAAAUUAAUUAGAAAUGCUAUUCUAAAAUCUAGAAGAAACUCUUUCAUUAAUUUAAGGAUGUUAAUGGAUCUAAGAGCUAGAUUAAGAAUAAGAGUAUGAUUCUUAAAAGUAAAAGAUAUUUAACUCUUUGAGGAAGUUUGCCAAUAAAAUUAUGGAAAAUUUAGAUUCUAUAGAAAUCACUUUAGAUUAAACAGAAGAGUUCAACAAAAUAACAAGCUCCAAUGAAAAAAUGAAGAAGCUAAAAAGUUUUUCAAAUUUAGAUGAAGAAUUAAGAAUAAUAGUAAAUGAGUAUGAAGUUGAGGUUAGGAAGAAGUUUGAGCCAUACUUUGUUAAAAUAAAGACACUUUCAUAGUCAUAAGAUAUUCCUUAUUGGGAGUACUAAAAGUGUUACUAAUUCUUAUAGAAAUGCAUUUCAAAUAUAAUUUAUAGAUAGGAAACUCAAAAAAUGCUAGAUGAUUUGAAUCAAAAUUUAAUAAACCACUGCUUAGAAAAAGAGAAGUCUCUUUAAUAGUCUUUUGGAUAGAUAAAGAUAAUAUUUCAAAAUACUUCUUUAACAAACGAAGAGAGAAAGUAAAUUGAAGAUUGUUCAAAAAACAUCUAUAAUAAGUUUGAAGAAAUGUCAAAGAUUGAAAAUUUCAGUGAAUUAAAAUAUAAACUGGAGUAAAAUAGAAGUAACUUUUUAAUUACAUAAUAAUUCAAUUUUCUUAAGAGACUAUGGAGAUAAAUAAAGGAGAUUGUAGAUGAGAAUGAGCACGUUUAAUAAAAGUGGAUUUUCAUUUUGCAGCAACUGAAAAUAUUAGAUGAAUUAGAAUGUACUCCUUAAAAUUAAUUUUCUUUUGCUAGUUUACUCUCUGAAACCUAUACUAAGAAUAAACUUAAUGUUCAAAGUCUUAAAGAUGGAUUAGAGAAAUAGUUUAAUGACAAUCAUCUUCCAAAAAUGCUAGCUACUUAUAAAUAGCUUUAUGAAUAGACUAUGUAAAAUCAUGAAAAUAAAGAACAUCAAAUGAUUUUGAAUGAUUUAAAGUUUUAGCUUGAAAACGAAAUGAAAAAAAUCAUAACAUAAAUUUAGUAAUAUGCUGACAAGCUCAAAUAAAUAAUCACUUAUUCACCUAUUAACAGUCAACUCAAAGAAUAAAUGGAAAAUGCAAAUUAAAUUAUUAACCUAUAUAAGCGUUUCAAUGAUUAUAUUUAUCAUUUUAGGGAUUAUUUGGAUGAACAUAAAUUUAAGUCUUACAUUGAAUAAAUUAAAAGCAGCAUUUAAUAUAUUGCUCAUGAAGGACCCAAAAAAAUAAAAUAAACGUUCAAAAACAAUAAUUUCAAAGAAUCUAAUGAUUAAUAUAAAUUUAUGUUAGAAAUUUUUAAAAUCCUUUAACAAUAAUUUUAAAUAGAUGAAGAAUUCGAUAAAUUAAGAUAAAUUUAAGAAAACUGCUUCGAAGAACUUUAAUAAACAGUAGAGAAUUUAAAUUUAGAUAAUCCAAAAACAGAAAGAUUUGAUUUGAAUCACAUAUGUGGCAGGUUAGAGAAGGUAGAAGAUGACGAUUUUUAUUAAAACUUUUCUAAAUAGCUUUAAUACAUUUUCUAGAGAAAACUGGAAGAUAAACUGGAACAAGUAAGAGAUAGACCAAUAAACUAGCAAGAGGGAGCUAUCAGAAGAGUUUAAUUUUUUUUUGAUUACAUUCCUAAGGAAAUGAUUAAAUCUUUGAACUAAUUAAUAGAAAACAUUAAAAAUAUUGAUAAAAUAUAAGAAGAAAUUGAUAGUUGCUUUAAACAAAAAAAUAUUACAGGACUUAGGAAGCUAUAAGAAACACUAGUUGAUUCAAGUUAUUAUAAACAAUUUAAAAACCAGUUUGAAGAUUUUAUGGAAAAAGAAAUUGAAUAGACCUAUAAACAAAUUAUAUCUAAUUGUAAAGAAUACAAUAACUUUGAGAAAUGUAUUUUGAAUUUAAUUAAGAUUGGUAUUUAAAGCACAGGCUAAUAUUAAUAUUAAGUAAAAGAAAAAUUAAAUAAUGUUUUUGAGCAAUUAUUUUGUGUUUAAUUUAAAGAAGCUGAAAAAUAAAUACAAAAUAUUUUGAAUAAAAAAAUUAGUAACCCUGAAAAAUCUAUUGAAUUUUUUAUUCAUUAUUGCUAGCUAAGUAAUUCUUUGCUAAAAGUUUAAGGCAAAAUAUAAGAUUUAGAGUUGGAGUUUUUAAAAGGACUUGAUUAUUUCUAUGUGUUUGAUUAAAUUUAAGAAUAAAAAUCAAAAGUUACCAUCAAUCUAAAAGAAAAAGUAAAGUAAAUUAAAAAUACCGAGGAAGAUUUUACUUAUUUCAAGGAUUAAUUUAAUAUUAUUUACUAACUUUAACAUUUUGAUUUUGAAUCGUACCAUGAAUUAAUAGAAAAUUUAGGUUUUAAACAAUAAAAAUUGUAGAAAUAGAUGGAAUAAAUUAUGUCAAAGAAUGUUAAUACAUUUACAAUUUAGAAAGAGUAUGAAGAUUACUACCAGUCUUUUUAAAAAGGCUUGUAAAAUGCUUAAGAAAUGCAAAAUAUAGUGUAGCAAUUUAAUUUAGGAGCUCAACAUAAAAAUGUAUUUCAGGACUUGCUAUCAAAAUUAAAUUAAACUGUUGAAUCAAUAAAUUAAGAUCUUAAUUAAUGUUUUUAAGGUGACAUUUUUGAUGAGAGUGUUGUUAAAAGUAUUAACAAUAUUUAUUUGAAUUCAAAAUUUAUCGAUUAAUAUUUUUCAUCUACGGACUUUGUAAAAAAGCGUAUUGAUUAGAGAUUUGUGCAAUCAGAAUUUUUAAUCUUAAUUUAGAGGUAGUUUUAAGAGCCAAAAUAAAUUGAUAAAAUAGAAUAAGUUACAGAGUAUAUAUCUAAUAUGUAUAAAAUAUCUUCAACUUACAUCUACAUGGAAAAAAUCAAAACAGAAUGUAAUGAAAACAUUAACUAGGUAUUAAAAAAUUACAAAGAUUCUAAAGGAUCUCUAGAAAAGUUAUAAAUUCAAUUAAAAAAAUCUAAAUAUGGUGAUUAAGUAACAAAAAAUCACCCUUUUUUCAAAGGAUUUUAGAUUAGUGAUACAAAUCUAAGAAUACAGAGGUUUGGUAUUGAUCAAGUCUUAGAAUAAGUAAGGGGCUAUUCUGAUAUCGAUAAAAAAGAUGACUUAGACAAAACUUAACUCAAUAAUUAAUAUGAAAGAUUUUUUAAUUAAUACAACCAAUAUUUAGAUAAAUAUUUAACUUCUUUUGAGAAAAUUAAUUUUAUUGAUCUCUUGAAAGAUAUAUAAAAUUCUGUAAAUAAAAUCAACACAUAUGUGUUUAACAAAAAAGGAAAAAUAGAAUAAACAUCUUAGAUUAUAGUUGCUGAUCUUUUAGCAGGUAUUUUCUGUUGUUGGACUUGUAUAAAUUCAAAAUAUUAUUUUGAAUCAAUAGAAUAGUAAUAUGAAAACAAGUAAAGCUUUUUAUUAAAACCUCAUCCUUCUUAAAUAGUUGCAAUUUUUAGGCUCUUAGGUAUAGGCUACUCCAAAAAUUAUGACGAAAUAUAGUGUAACAGUUUAGCGUAAGUCUUGACUGGUGAGGGAAAAUCUGUUGUUUUGGCGGCUCUAGCAUGCUUUUAUUCUCUUUGCGGAUUUUCUGUGAAGUGCGCUUGCUACAGUAAUUAACUUAGUGUCAGAGAUUAUGAAGAAUUCUCACUUUUGUUUGAAAAAUUAAAGAUUAAAGAUUUAAUUUUGUAUGGAACAUUCAACAAAGUCUGCGAAGAAAUACUAAACCAAAGAGGAGAUAUUAGAGAGCAAGUUUCAAGUUAUAUUUUAACAGAUAAUAUUAAAUAUUCAAAUAAUUCAAAUAUCAAGAAAUAAGUUCUCUUAAUAGAUGAAGUAGAUGUCUUUUUUAGUAAAGACUUUUUUGGAAAUAAUUAUGACAUAGUGGCACCAAUCAAAGGUUCAACAGUUGAAAUAUUGCUUGAUAAAAUAUGGAGUGCCAAAUUUGAUACAAAUUUUAGUUUUAAAUCUAUUUCUGAGUCUCAAGAGUAUAAAAACUGCAUAUCUCAAUUUCCUAAAUGGGCUGAAUUGAUCAAAGAAUAAACAAAAAUUGUUGUUUCUGAUUUUAAAAAUUUCAAUAAUGUAAUUAUUGAAAAUUAUAAAAUUUAAAAUGAUAAAAUUUAUUAUAAAAAUUAAGAUUAAUAUCUUGAUAACAUUUCAUAUGGAUAUAGAACUUUGUAUACCUACUAUCAGGAAAAUUAGAACUCAAAAAUUUCAAAUGUAGGUCUUUAAAAAUAAAAGCUCUUCAAAAUUAACAGCGGAAGCUUUAGUUAUUCAGAGCUACCUAAAAAAUUUUUCAUAAUUAAUGGUGUCACUGGAACUUUAGAAACUUUAAGCUUAAGCCAACUCGAAUUAAUAAAAAACACCUAUAAUAUGAAAUAAUAUACUUUUAUACCAUCAGUAUAUGGGAAGAGUAAGUUUUAAUUUAACCCCUAAAAAGAUGUGAAAGUAGUUUCUUAAUCAGAAUAUUAUAACACUAUUACAAAUGAAAUAAACAGAAAUAUAGUUGGAAAAACUGAUUAAAAAAGAGCAGUACUUGUUUUCUUUGAUACCAAAGACAUCUUACUUGAUUAUUACAAUAGUUAAUAGUUCAAAUCCUUAAAAUAAAAUUCCUUGAUUUAAAUUAUGACAGAAGAAAACUCAAUUGAAGAAAGAAAGAAAAUUAUAAAAGAUGCAACAUACUCUGGUGCAAUUACUUUACUGACCAAAAUUUUUGGUAGAGGUAUAGAUUUCUAAGUUAAUGAUACUAUUAUAUUUUAAAAUUAUGGAGUUCAUGUAAUUCAAACUUUCUUUUCUGAGGACAAGUCUGAAGAGACCUAGACAAAAGGAAGGACAGCAAGAUAAGGUGAAGAGGGUUCUUUCAGCAUGGUUCUUCAAUAAGAAACUCUAUAGGCUUUCCUUAAAACAAAAGAAGAUUAAAAGAAAAUUGAGAAUCUUGAUGAAAUAUAUGAAGUCCUUGAUAGAAAUCGUCAGGUUAAUUUCGAAAAUGACUUUAAAAGUAAUAUAGAAUAUAAUCAAAAUACCUCAAUUACUAGCCAUAAAAAAUCAGAGGACUUCUUAAAUUUUUUAAAAGAUCGUAAUUUAAAUGAAGUUAAAAAUUACUUAUUGUAAUUGAAUUAAGGCCCAAAAGAAUAAAUUUAUUAUAAAACUCUGAUUGCUAUGGAUGUUACUGGAUCAAUGAGUAGUCUCAUUACUUAAACAAAAAAUACAAUAUAGACAACUUUUGAAUAAACUAGAGAUAUCUUAAAAGAAAAAGGAUAUGAUCCAUAAUGUUUUUUAAUCAUGAUAAGCUGUUUUAGAAGUUAUAAUAGCAGAUGGUAAGAGAUAUUCUAAACUUCAACUUGGGAAAACAAUCCAGAUAAGUUAAGGUCUUUCUUAUAAACAAUAACAGCCUCUGGAGGUACAGGUCCAGGAGAAUCUGUAGAAGUAGGGUUAUGGUGGGCUAACAAAUAAAAUGAUGAAAACCCAAUAAGUCAAGUAAUCAUUUUAGGGGAUUAGCCAGCACAUCUAUAGAAUGAAGCUUAAGCUCAUAGAAAUUAGUUUGGAUAGAGUUAUUGGGAUACUACUCCACUAAAAGGAUUAACUUAUUAUGUUCCAGAGUGUUAAAAACUUAAUAGUAAAAAAAUUCAUGUCAAUGCAUUUUACCUCCAUUCACAAGCAAAAAGUACAUUUGAAAAUAUUGCAAAAUUAACAAAUGGAAUAAGUUAAUAUCUUGAUAUAAAUUCUGCAUAAAGCUCCAAAUAAUUAACAACCCUAUUUGUUGAAUAAAUUUUAAAAGACAUUGGAAAGAAAGAUGGUCGUAGCAAAGAAUUAAUAGCAGCAUACAAGGCCAAGUAUUCUUGA